CAGAACUUCAGAAAACGUCGCUUGCUCUGCUCACGCAAGAGUCUUCGUCAUACGCUCACAGCUAGCUCAAAAUGUCCAAGAAGAUUGUGAUCCGAGCUGACCUCAUCAGCAAGAAGUGCAUGGCCAAGAUCCUGUCAACUGUUGCCAAGCUCGAGGAGAUCAAGUCCAUUGACAUGGACCAGGAUAAAUGCACGUUGACGGUGGUAGGCACUGUCGACCCGGUGCGCAUCGUGCAGAAGCUCAGGAAGGCACGCUUUGCCGCGGAUGUUAUCAGCGUCGAGGACGACAAGCCAAAGGAGCCGGAGAAGAAGAAGGAUCCCUGCCAAGAAGCCUGCGAGAAGGCCUGCAGCUACAAUGAGGGGCCAUGGUACCGUUACGGCUACACGCCAGGCUGCUACUCCAGCCCUUAUGCCCAACCCAGCAGCCAGUACUACGGCCACGGCUACGGCAUGCGACCACUGCCGCCGAUGGGAUAUGUGUGCUAUGAGGAGAUCUCACACGGAGGCGGACAAGAAUGUGUCAUUCAGUAGCCAUGGAUUCAUCUCAUCCUGCAAGUCUCUGCAUCGGCAUGUAUGGCGGUCUGCCUGCAGCUGCAGCCCUGUGUGUUUAGUCCAUCCUCUGCUUCCGCCGUCGUUGGAGUUUGGUUUUCGUACAGUGAUGUUUCCCUUCCCUCUGUAACAACGAUGGCUUCAGCAUCUUCAGCAUGUUUACUUGGAGUUUGAUGUUUCAGUCUAUCUAUUGUAAAUAAGCAUGUCGGGCCACAUUUCUUUUUC